CACAGAAACGCUGGCUCGCUCGCUGGCCCUUUCAUUCACACAAACAGCAUCUCAUUCACAUUCUGUCGUUUUUUUGUCUGCUUCUAAUGAAGACCACGGUUUGGGAAUGGUGGGGCUGACUUGCUUCAGAUUGGAGGGGGACUCUAAUCACCAUCGAAAUCGUCCGUGGGGUGCGCAUCUGCUGUUGCUAUGCAAGCUAGGGGAAGGGAAAAAAGAAAGUGCGGGGUGGCUGCUGGGCUAGGGCUGCGGCGCGGUUGGAGAGCGGUGGGGACGCGUUUGCUGCGACAGGGCGGGCCUAGCUGCUCAGCGCUCCUUCGUCCUCUGGAGCCGGCCUCACCCGUGCGCCCGCCAUGGGUGACGCUCCCUAAACUCCGUUCCUGGGGCUCCCAGAAAGCCUGGGAACCUCGCAGCCACCUGAGAUCAGCCCUGGGCGUGAGAAGACUCAGGGUGACCUGCUAGUGUGCUAGAAGGCAAAAGCAUUCGCUGGCACAGAAGUUACCAGGAAACUUUGACAGCGGUUGACUUCCCUGUGAUGCAGGUUAUCCAUCUUAACGCAUGAGGCCACCUGGCAGAGGCCACCGAGGAAGGGGUCAGUGGGUCUCAGAAUCUUGGACAGACCUUCGGGGAGGCUGUCGAUGUCCUGCUCUACUAAACGCCAGGAAGAAGGCCUGUGGUGUGUCAUUGCAAGCCUGAGCCUGACUCCCAAGGAUGAGGCCGGUUCUUCCUGUGGAUUUGAUGGGCAGUUAGAGCAGCCACAUUUUUUUUUUUUCCUGCCUGACUGCAGGGCUGCAAAGCAGCAGCUGAAGGGACAUUGACAUGGAUUGGUGGUGUUACUAAGGCGUGCUUCCAGGGCUUAAACACAUUCAGUUGGAAUAAAGCUCAGAGCUCAACCCUCUUUUUUCCCCUUUUUCUUUCUUGGCAUGGAUUUCUGGAGCCUGUUGCCGCUCAUCAGAGAAGCACCAUUCUUUUUUGGAAGUAGAUUUUCAACUUAAUCCUGACUGAGAAAGGCUGCUGGCUGCUGUAAAUGAUCAGGCAAGACCCCCUGAGCUGUACUGAGAAGAAGUUCAUGUGCAGAUUUUUUUUUUCGUGUGUUGUCUGAGGAAUUGCAUCGCCACAGACAUUCGCCAGCAGACACUCAUGGCUUCUCUGUGGAUAUGAACAAGAAAAGCAAACCACAGGAAACGACGCCUUUUGUUUUUUUUUACAUCUUCACCUGAUGGGCGAAGGAUCCCCUCUUUCCUUUUUUUUUUUUCUGAAAAAUUGUUGCUGCUUCCUAAAUCAGGAUUCAUCAGGAUUUGCCUAAGACUUCUUAAAAAGCCUUCGUCACAUUUUAACGCAUCGCUCGCUGUCAGACACUUCUGGGGCUCAUCCUCAUGAGCUUGGCAGGGGAAGAACGAACCCUAGCAUGGAAUAAUGGGUUUUGGAAAGUUCAAGAGAUCAUUUGAAGGAACUGGAUUUACCUUUGGCACAAAUGCAGGAUGGGGCAGGGGUAGGUGAAAAAGCAAAGAUUGGAAGGAAAUAUCUGCGAAGGUAGAAAAAGGAAAUUUGAGAACUGAUUGGCUGUAGUUGCUGUCAGCGGGUGGAUGUCGUUUUCUUCUCUCCCUCUCUCUCUCUUUUUGCUACAGGAAGUGGUUUGCGGAGCUCACCGAGCCUUUGUUGAGAAGGGUCUCCUCAGAGUGAGUCACGCUUUUGCUGGGAGCAGCCCCGUGCAGCUGGGCGCUCCAUCAGCGGCAACUAUGACUUUUGCAAGGCAAGCGUUCCACCCCAACCCGUGGUCUCCCGGGCCCGCGCUGCGUGUCGGUUGCUCUGCUGCCUUGUAACCGUGUGAGGGCUCGGUCGUCGGCCUCGGCUGUCCCUCUCCGGAAAAGGCUGUCCCGGGACCCCAGCUCCUUGUCCCGCUCCGGGGCCCGCGGCUCGUGUGCUAUGCGCGGCAGCCCGCGCCAGGGCCGGCACCAGCAGCGCCCGGGCGGAUGCGGCGAGCUCACGGAGGGGCAUGCUUCCACGCACCAAGUACAACCGCUUCAGGAAUGACUCGGUGACAUCGGUCGAUGACCUUCUCCACAAUCUGUCGGUGAGCGGCAGCGGCGGCAAGGUCUCGGCGGCGGCGCCCGCGGCGACCCCCUACCUGGUGUCGGGCGAGGCGCUGCGCAAGGCGCCGGACGAUGGGCCCGGCAGCCUGGGCCACCUGCUUCACAAGGUGUCCCACCUGAAACUCUCCAGCUCCGGCCUGCGCGGCCUGUCGUCCGCUGCCCGGGAGCGGGCGGGCGCGCGGCUUUCAGGCAGCUGCAGCGCGCCCAGCCUGGCCGCCCCGGACGGUAGCAGCGCGACCCCCGGGGCUCGCGCCCAGGCCGCCAACAUGAGCGCCACCAGGAAGAGCCGGGCCGGCGACGAGCCGCUGCCCAGGCCCCCGCGGGGCGCUCCUCACGCCAGCGAGCAGGUGUUGGGGCCGGGAGUCACCUAUGUGGUCAAGUACUUGGGAUGCAUUGAAGUUCUGCGCUCAAUGAGGUCUCUGGACUUCAGUACACGAACUCAGAUUACCAGGGAAGCCAUCAGUCGUGUCUGCGAAGCUGUGCCAGGUGCCAAAGGAGCCUUCAAGAAGAGAAAGCCUCCGAAUAAAAUGCUGUCCAGCAUUCUGGGGAAGAGCAACCUCCAGUUUGCAGGGAUGAGCAUCUCCCUGACCAUCUCCACCGCCAGCCUGAAUCUGCGCACUCCCGACUCCAAACAGAUCAUAGCGAACCAUCACAUGCAGUCCAUCUCCUUCGCUUCGGGGGGAGACCCGGACACAACAGACUAUGUUGCCUAUGUCGCUAAGGACCCUGUUAAUCGCAGAGCUUGCCACAUUCUGGAAUGUUGUGAUGGGCUAGCCCAAGAUGUCAUUGGCUCCAUUGGACAAGCCUUUGAGCUCCGGUUCAAACAGUAUUUGCAGUGUCCUUCCAAGAUUCCUGCUCUGCAGGACCGGAUGCAGAGUCUAGAUGAGCCGUGGACUGAAGAGGAAGGAGAUGGUCCCGAUCACCCAUACUACAACAGUGUUCCCAGCAAGAUGCCCCCUCCAGGGGGAUUUCUUGAUGCUCGAUUGAAAGCCAGACCCCACGCUCCUGACGCAGCCCAGUUUGCAGGGAAAGAGCAAACUUACUACCAGGGAAGACACUUAGGAGACGCCUUUGGUGAAGACUGGCAGCGAGCACCCACCAGGCAGGGUUCCUUGGACAUCUACAGCACACCCGAAGGGAAAGGUCACAUGGCUCUGUUAGGAGAGACACCAACCUAUGUCAACACCCAGCCAGUCCCCCCACAGGUUUGGCCAGCAGCAAGCAGCAGCACCGAAAGCAGCCCACGGAAGGACCUCUUUGAUAUGAAGCCUUUUGAAGAUGCUCUCAAGAACCAGCCCCUGGGGCCCGUGUUGAGCAAAGCAGCGUCUGUGGAGUGCAUUAGCCCUGUUUCACCCAGAGCCCCAGAUGCCAAGAUGCUGGAGGAGCUUGAUGCAGAACCCUGGUACCAAGGAGAGAUGAGCAGGAAGGAGGCAGAGGCACUGUUGCAGGAAGAUGGAGACUUCCUAGUCAGAAAGAGUACUACCAACCCUGGUUCCUUUGUCCUCACGGGCAUGCACAAUGGCCAGGCCAAGCACCUGCUGCUGGUGGACCCAGAAGGCACGAUCCGGACGAAGGACAGGAUCUUUGACAGCAUCAGUCACCUCAUACACUACCAUCUUGAGAGCAGCCUGCCCAUCGUCUCUGCUGGGAGUGAGCUUUGCCUCCAGAAACCUGUGGAGAGGAAGCACUGACCUGGGCCAGAGCCCUCCCCAUGCCGUGCGCCAGGUCAGGGGACCUGGGCUCCACUGCUCUCAGCCUAUGGGAACUGGGGCAGCUGUCUGUGGGCUCAUCACCCUUUCAAAAUUCCCCAUCCAGGGAGGUUUCCUUCAAGUUCAAAUUUCAUAAACAUGUUCCACACAUCUCAGAUGCGUAUUAGAGGUGUAUAUACCCACACAUCCUGUACAAAUGGCCCCUAUAUUUAUAUUUUUUAAGACUGAGAAAGAUGUGAGAUGAAUGCUCUAUGCUGUAUGUUUUUAGUGAGAGGCAGAUUUUGACUAUAGUUGUUCAGGCAAAAAUUUGAAUUCAACUCUACUGGAAAGCUCUGCUAGGAAGGUGUGGCUGCAGUUCUAUAUGAUAAGCACAACACAAGGGGAAAGCAGGUGAGCUGGCAGCUCCGGGACAAGCAGACUUGUGAUAGAAUAUGACUGCUGCCCAAACAUCUGCCCCUGCCCUACAGCUCCUUGCGAGUGCUGAUUCCAGGCUGCAGCUCUGCUCACAGAUGGAGGUGCCUCCUCCGGUUCUGGCUUCCUGAGUGCUGCCUUCCAUGCCCCAGAUAUAUGUCAUGAAAGUGGGUUUUCUGUCACAUGAUGACCCAUUGAAGUCCCACUCCAAAGCAGGUGGUACUCUGCCUCUUUUUCUGGGUUGUGUUUUAGGUCAUGUUUGACCCAUGUUGUUUGGGUCAUGGGGACCUGUCACCUUCGACCCUGGUUGUGUGUGUGUGUGCAUUUGGCGCAUUUAUUUGAGGCCCAAUAUGGUACACAGUAAGACUUAAGAUCUCUGGUUGACAGAUGCUUUCUUUGCCUUCAUCAGCGUAGUGAUGUAAUGAAUGUCUGCGGAAGGCAGGGUAUAGAAUGUAUUCCAGGUCUGCAUGUCCUUCAAGUCAGUGUGCUUGCCACAGACUGUGCAUAGAAGGUGCCUGUGAGAUGGUCUCCCACCUACCUCUUGUAUUCAGUAGAACAAAAGGCAUGGGUAAGAACCCUGCAAGACAGGUACCAGCUGCUGCCCAGAAUUGAACCUUGGAGGCACACCCACUGUCUGUCCCCCCCCCCCACACACACACAGUUUCCGUGUGUGCUCGGCACCAUGCUCAAAAGCCUUUGGUACUAGCUGGCGUGAGGGAUGGUAAGCCAUCUCCCUUCCUCUCCACAUUUUCUCAGUAGCCCAAUGAAAAGUAACCACGCCCAUGGCCCUUUGUCUUGACCCUCUUUCUACCAGCUCAGAAGCUGUUGAUUCAUGAUGGGUGAUUUCAUGUUUCAAAGUUGGCUAUGUCAAUAACUUAAAAAAAGGAUGUGUGUUUGUGUGUGACUUAGCAACACAGGAAGAUGAUGCAUUUGCUGGUUGGCACCUCCUCAUAAGACUACAGCCUGGCCUCUGGUCCCCGUGAGAUCCCAUGUGUGUGGCACCCCAGCCAGAAAACUAGGACUCUGUACAUUUUAGGGUUGGAUGUCAUAAACUGAAUAUUUAAGAGGAAUUGUGGGUGUGUAUGGGUGGGUGGGUGGAGAGAGAGGGGGUCUAGUGUUUAAGAACACUGACUGCUCUCCUAGAGGACUUAAGUUCAAUUCCCAGCACCCACAUGGCAGCUCACAACUGUAACUUGCAUCCCAAGGUAUCUAUCUCUUCUGGCCUCCAUAGGUACCAAGUAGGCAUAUGGUACAUAUACACACUUGCAAGCAAAAAAAAAAAAAACCCAUACAUGUAAAAAUAUUUUUUAAAAAGUAGUUAAGGGGAAACUUAAUCAUUAGGCAAAUCAGGGUUCUGCAUGGUUCUAAUACUAAACGUGUGAACCCUACUUUUGCUGCUGUGUAGUCAGGUGCUAACGGGUGAGUCAGGGUGGAGAAGAUACCAGGCUCUGUACAUGAAAACUUCUUUUCAGUUUUUACCCUUUGAGGCCCCACUGAAUCUGAGUUGGCAGUAGAAUAUUCUAGAACUAGAAUUCUGGGGAACCUGGCAUUAAUACUCACCAUCCUACUGUGACCUGAAUAUGGAUGAAGCCCUGGAGAUGAGCAGAUAUACUGGUAGCCCCUGGCUCAGGCUCUUGCUGUGUUACCAUACACAUAGGCUUUGGGGUACUCCUAAGAGUCACCCUGCACUCUGCCUCCUAAGAGGCUAUGCCUUGUGCACCUCCAUACAGGUCUUGCUGCUCUUGUGUAUGAAUAUAUAUUACAUACAAAAAUAUGUAUAAUUGCCCUUUCUCCCCAUUCUUGAAUUCCACUUAGUGUAAGGCUGAAAUGCCUGUGUUCACCCAUAAAGUGUUCCAGACCAUGAGGCACCUCCACUGUUUUAUUCCCCUCUCCAGGGAAGUUAAAAAGCCGCACUCAGAAGUUCCAUUUGCUUUCUCUGAAGUCAGGGUGAUAGGAUUUAUAGGAAUCCAUUUAGAAAAUUUAAAGUAUCGGGACCAAUGUUUUUCCUUUCCAUUUUAAUUCAAAAUAUGUAAUUUUGAUGUCAGAUUACAGAACUGGACAUAUGUAUGCUUAGGGAAGUCUUUCCGACACAGGGCAGGCUGUAGAGGUUAUCCACGGCAGCCGUGGUCUGACCUGUAUUCCAUAGGAAGCAUGCCAGAAGUCACACGGGCUUAUCAUGUCCUUCUACAAACACGGUGUAUGUGAUGGGACAUUCCAUCAAACAUCACUUACACACGGGGGAAACUGAGGCUCAUUUCAGGUGCCUUGGUCAGCUAACAGCAGAACCAUUCUGCUCACUCGGCAUUUUCUGUGCACAGCUGUCUACUAGUCUGUGCUACAAGGCCAGAGCUUGGAGUCAAACUCAAAAGAGCCUUUUCUUUGAGCCUGGGCUUCUCUUCCCUUGGUUUCCAGCCCAUAUCUGCCUGGGCAGGGUUACAGGCUACACAGCAGCAACUCCAGGCAGAACAGCACUGUAUUGUGCAUUCAGGCCUUUGACUCCCGGGCACAGUGGCUGAGUCUAUACCAGGUGUGGGCAUGCACAGUGUGCCUGGAUCCUGUGCUCCUUCUUCGGGCAUCCUGCCACGCCACCCAAAACUCUGCAUCUAUUAUUCGUGGUGCAUGCUGGAGCUCGGCAGCCUUAAAGCAGUCUGUCUGCUCUUGCACAGCGGCCCUGAAGCCUCCUCCUAGUCCCUCCUUCCCACGCUCUCCUGGGAGAGUUAGCUGUGCUUCAAAUAACCUCGCCACACUGGCAAGGCUGGUUGGGCCUCCCAUGGGGCUGUUCAUCAUGGUCUAGGUUGGCUCUGAGUCUUGAACUUCUCCCUCCACCCUAAGGUGGGCAGUCUGCUAAUGCCAUACUUAAAUAGCUCAAUCUUAAAUCUACACUUACGUUCCCACAUGUCCUUUGUGUAUUUAAAGGACCAAGAUCUGGGGGCCUGCUCAGCCUUGAUGAGCAGCUUUCUGUUACAGGGCAUCUCGGGUGGAUUGAUGCCAAAUAGGCCGCAUGUGGCAAUUGGGAGGUUGUUCUGGCAACAGAGGCACUUGUAAGCGAAGGCUGUGGUGAACCAUGAGUAGAGGGAAAAGUCUAGAUUGAAAAGGAGGAAGGGACAAGGGAGAAUGAAUUCCCCAAAGCCCGUAGGCUUCAGGUCACAGUUGCCAGAUGUCCAGGCUCCAUGUCUACCCUGGUGUCCUGAAAAUGCCCACUUUUCCAAAAGAAAGCUUUCCCCUUGGCAGCAUCAGACACCCAGGAGGCUUCCUUAGGGGAAUGACCAUACAGUGAACACCUCGUUUCCAUGUUAGAGCCAGUAUCACGUCCUCUUCUUGAUGGAGUAAAUUGAGUAGAGACCCAACUUCGCUGCGAUAUUGACGCAGCAGUGGCCACAUCAGCGAGCUCAGUGCCAGUACAAGUAGAGCAGUGUGGCUUCGGCUGCUGGGGGGUUCCCUGAGCUGUAGCUCCUGCCACACCCUAAGGCUUUCCUCAAAGAUAACCAUGUGACGUGCAUGGAAGGUGACUUCCUGGGGUUCUUCAUUCAGAAGACACAUUUCUCUUCUCCCCCGCAGACCAGAGAUGGAUCAUGCCGUCUAUAAACAGCUCUGUGCAUGGUGAUAGCCAGAUUUCAAGUAGGGAGGAGGCUAGAAGAAGGAUUGCAAAAGAGAUCACGUGCCCAGACAAAUCUGUGUGGUGCUAGUUCUUAGGAAACCUUUGAAGCGCUUUCCAAGAAAGCUCAGAUAAACCCCACUCCCGGAAUAUAUUACAGACCUAAAACUCUUGGCUUUGCCUGGGAUGAUGGGCAUGUUUCCAAGGCAGCCCAGCUGUCUUGGAGGGGCCUUGUUUUUCAGGUGAAGCAAUUGAGUCAGGCAGUGGAUGGCAAUGGUCAGGGCUAAAUCUAGGAAAGAACCCAGGACUUACUAAGGCCUCCCAGGCUCAAACAUGUAGCUCACUCUGUGGAAGCAACAAGCUGUCCAUUUAGCCUCAUGUUUCACAUUUCAAAACACAUGAAGGACUGAGCCAUUCCCACAAGAAAUAGGACUUUUGGUGCUUGGUGACUUUGCUGGUGUUCUCCCAAAAGGAGGCAUCAGAGGGGUUCUGGGUACAUAUAGCUUACGUUGGAAAUGAUCCCAGGAGUUGGGAGGGAAGUGGCUAAUAAGGAAUAGUUGCAUUGUGGAGCAUGCUUCUACAAAGUGUACACCCGGGGCAUCUACCUGCUGCUGAACCUUGGGAGCAGAACUGGACCUGAGGUAGUGAAGAGGGCGGGCAGGAGCUCCACCGCAGCCAACACGAGUGGAAGGCUAUCUCCAGCUAUUUCUGCCCUGCCCAGUGUACACCCACGCACCCUCUGCAAGCUGGGACAUGCUGGGGCCGAGGCUGGUGUUUACAGUAAACAGGCUCAGAGCGGAAGGCAGAUAUUGAAGCACCAGGCUGCUUAGCCCACACAAAGAUUUCAGGGCUCUGCCCCACCCCCCAGCUCCCCACUCAGUGGGCCUAGAGUGUGGGGUGCAUGCUUGCAUUUUUCAGCUUGAGGAUGUGCUGAUGCUAGGGGUCUCGGCUUUGACAGGGACUGGCGAGAGUCUCCAACCCUUCCUUGACUCUUACCGGUGGCCCACCACUCCCCUGCCCCACCCCCACAUUUUUAUGAAGAAUUUUCCACACCAUUUCGUGCCAUAGAUCCCAGGUCCAUACUGUGAAUUUAAAAAUGGAGAACUAGUAAGUAUUUGUAACCCCCUGCAAGCGUAGCUGGCAGAUAAAAUGCCAUCUGCCCGACAAGAUGCAUUUAUAAUGGGAUUUAUGAAUAUUUAUAAGUUUGCGAGCGGCAAAGGCACUGUUUGAAAACGGGCACAUCUGAUAGCAGCCAGGAAAAAACACAGCUCGCAACGUAACUUUAUACAAGGGUUUUUCGAGUGUGAACUGCGCAUGCGUGUUAUACACAGACACAAAAUUCCCUCGAUUCAGAUGGCAUGUGCGCCUCCAGCUCAACCCUGUAUUGGAUGUCCUGAGCCUCUGGGCUUUUCUAAUGCGCACAACUGUAAAUCAAAAUGGCAUCAAGAGCUCCGGGAUUAAUGGGCUCUCAGCAGACCCAGGGAACAAAGUUCUGGGUGCUGUGGAAUUGUGAGACUGUGGCGCACAAAGGGGAGGAAUGGGUUGCAAGGAGAGUGAGGGAAGCGUGUCACUGUGGGCCAA